GAGAGAGAAAGUAACCAAUAUAUAGACACACAUAGAAAUGAGACAUUAAAAGCAUAUACUAACUUUUUUUCUUGGUCUUGCCCAUAUAGUAGACCACUAGAUGAGUUUACUCAUCUAAUAAUAAUUUUCAAUCUUGUUUUUUUCUCUCAUAAAAUCUCAAAACCAAAAGAUCCUUUAUCUUCUAAACAAAGUCUUUUAUUCAUUUUUAGAGAGUGAAUCUCGUGAGUUUGGUGCAGAACUUUCAAACUUUUUCUUUCAAUCUUGCACCCAUGAGGAUCCGUAAGAGACAACUUCUUUUCUCUUCUUCUGACUCUCUUUCACCUUUGAAUCUCUCAGAUCCCCACCUGAUGAACAAGUCACCGAUGGUGGUGCAACUUGGUGAAGGACCAAAGCCCUGUUCUUCCACUCCGGUGCUGUCACGAGAACAUGCUUCAGCUGGUUUGAGCUUGGAUCAUUAUCAACCGUCUGAUCAAACACUCCCACUGAUCGGGAAACUAAACAACGGCCACGAUUAUCCAUCUGGUGUUGAGGAAAGUGGGGUACACAAACAGCACAACAAACUAGAUCCUUUGGAGGAGAAAGUUAGAGAGGAAGAGAAAGAGAGUGGAGAAGAGAACAAAAGUAAUAAUAUCAGCAAUGGAGACAUCUUGGUUGUUUCUCAAGUCUUGCCAUCAUCAAGCACUUUUGAACAAGAUGGAAGAUGGUGUGAGGGAGAGAAAGCUUUUCCCUUGAAGAAAAGGAAAGGAAGGUUCGAGAAUAUUGCGAUGGAGGGUAAUGAUAGUAAGAAAGUGAAGGCUAAGACGAACACCAAGAUGAAUAAGAAGAAGGGUUCUUUGGGGAAGGAUGAUGAAGAUGAAGAAAGUGAAAGAAAAGUGAAUAUUAAGAAGAAGGUGACAAAAAGGGGAAGUGCAGUGAUGGAAGGUUCAAGGUGCAGUCGUGUUAAUGGAAGAGGAUGGAGAUGUUGUCAACAAACACUUGUUGGUUAUUCACUUUGUGAGCAUCAUUUAGGGAAAGGAAGAUUGAGAAGUAUGACAAGUGUUAGAAAUAGAUCUAAUAUUGGAUUUUCUACUACUACUACUGAACCAAACAAUGCUGUUGAUAGUGCUUCAUCUUCUAAUUCUGAUCUUGAAAAGAAAAUCAUUGAUGAGAAUGACGAUACCUUGGGUAAUGAUGAUGAGAAGAAGCCAGUGGUAAUUGCAAAGAAGAGAAUGAAGCUUGGAAUGGUUAAAGCCCGAUCUAUGAGCAGCUUAUUGGGACAGACAGACAACAAGGUUGUAGUCAAUGAGAAUAACAAGUAAGACCGAAAGAGUACAACAAAAUUAUUAUUACAUGUAUUUGAAGUUUAAUUUGAAGAGUUUUUAAGAAUUUCUAUUAUUUUGGUGCUAGUAUUGUCACUGUUUUUUUAUUUUUUUAUUUUUUUUAUUUUUAAGGAAGGAAGUAUUGUCACUGCUAAUGUCCUCUCUAUUCAACUUAAGCUUGUGCUUUAUUUUCGUACGGUGUUAUGUGAUAUAAAUAUGUAAUAUUGAACCUAAGACCUCUAA